GUGGACUAAAGCCAAAAAGCAGUCUCUUUAGUUCAGCCGUCGACCGCGGUUCGUUGUUUUGUUUGCCAGUCUUACCCGUUUUGUUGAACCGCAUCAUUUAGAGAGGUUACAUAUUACUCUAACCAAUAAUGGCGGCCAGUAACGGUGAUUCCAAAAUGAGCCAACAGGGGCCAGUUUUUGACUCCAAUGCGAUGACGCUGACGCGUUUCGUGUUGCAGGAGCAACGCAAAUUCAAAGGCGCCACCGGAGAUUUGUCCCAGCUGCUCAACUGCAUCCAAACGGCGAUAAAAGCCACUGCCUCGGCCGUCCGUAAGGCUGGAAUUGCCAAGCUUCACGGAAUCGCCGGCGACGUAAAUGUCCAAGGCGAGGAAGUCAAGAAACUGGACGUGCUGUCCAACGAACUCUUCAUCAACAUGCUCAAAUCGUCCUACACCACAUGUCUGAUGGUUUCCGAGGAGAAUGAGAAGGUGAUCGAGGUGGAGGUAGACAAACAGGGCAAGUACAUUGUCUGCUUUGAUCCCCUGGAUGGAUCUUCUAAUAUAGACUGCCUAGUGUCGAUCGGUUCGAUCUUUGCCAUAUAUCGCAAGAAGAGCGAUGGUCCACCCACCGUGGAGGAUGCUUUGCAGCCUGGCAAUCAGUUGGUGGCUGCCGGAUAUGCGCUCUACGGCUCGGCCACUGCUAUUGUUUUAGGUCUGGGAUCCGGAGUGAAUGGCUUCACCUACGAUCCGGCUAUCGGAGAGUUCAUCCUCACUGAUCCAAACAUGCGGGUACCAGAAAAGGGAAAGAUCUAUUCGAUUAAUGAGGGCUACGCUAGCGAAUGGGAGGCCGGCGUGUUCAACUAUAUUGCAGCCAAAAAGGAUCCCACAAAGGGUAAGCCAUACGGUGCCCGUUACGUGGGUUCCAUGGUCGCAGAUGUUCACCGUACCAUUAAAUACGGUGGCAUCUUCCUCUACCCGGCCACCAAAUCCGCUCCCAGUGGAAAACUCCGCCUGCUAUAUGAGUGCAAUCCAAUGGCUUAUCUAAUGAUUCAAGCUGGCGGACUAGCCAGUGAUGGAAAGAUUAGCAUUUUGGACAUUGUACCCAAGAAGAUUCACGAACGCAGUCCCAUAUUCUUGGGUUCCAAGGCUGAUGUGGAGGAGGCGCUAAGCUACUUGAAGUGAUUUUUGUAAUUUUUGUAACUUAAGAAUAAAGGACAUUUUAUUUUUUACUAAAAAA